UGCGCCCUGAGCGCGCCGGCGUGUCUAAACUCGGCCAGGCCCCGUCCUGUACCGGGCUGUGUGAGGUUUCCCCUGCGACCAAGGAAUCUUUCGCCCACGAAGAGGACCCAAAGCACCCAUGGGGCUGGGUCCGCGCUCCCCCCACCAGGCAGGGCGCCGGUUCCCAGCUGGAGGCAAACGAGGGCGCGGGGCCAAGGGGUCGGGGCGUCCCCCAGCAGGCCGCCAGCGACCACCCUGCCCGCCUCCGGACGGGCGCUCGGAGCCGGCUCCAGAUGCAUACCCUCACCUGAGCCCGGAAGCUCUGGGGUAUUUCCGCCGGGCACUAUCGGCGCUGAAAGAGGCCCCCGAGACGGGAGAAGAACGAGAGCUGAUGGUGCACAACAUUUUGAAAGAAGUGGAGGCUCAGGCCCUAGCCUUGGCCACAAACAGGACCGGUAGUGAGAUGCUGCAGGAACUGUUGGGGUUCAGUCCCCUGAAAUCGUUGUGUCGAGUAUGGGCUGCUCUGCGCUCCGACUUGCGUUUUGUGGCCUGUCAUCGAUGCGGGGUCCAUGUAUUGCAAAGUGCUUUGCUGCAGCUGCCUCGAUUGCUAGGGAGCCCUGCAGAGGAAGAAGAGGAGGAGGAGGAGGAAGGGAAGGAUGGUCCUUUGGAGACCCUAGAGGAGCUGGUCCUGGGACUAGCAGCAGAGGUGUGUGGUGAUUUUCUUUUCUACUGUGGAGACACCCAUGGCAGCUUCGUGGUCAGAACUUUGCUGCAGGUAUUGGGCGGGACUCUUCUGGAGUCUGAGAGAGCCAGGCACCGUGGCUCCCAGUCACCUGAAGCACAAAGGGCUCCAACUCGGGAAUGUAAGCCAACUGAUUUCGAGGUUCCUGAAACCUUCUUGAAUUGCCUUCAGGACGUGAGCUCCUGCUUUCUGAAGGACAUUGCUGUGUUUAUCACUGACAAGAUCUCCAGCUUCUGCCUUCAAGUGGCCUUACAGAUCUUACACCGCAAACGGCCCCAGUGUUGUGCCCACCUCUGCAAUGCUGUGAUUGGCUACCUGAGUAGCCGCAAUUCCUCAGCAGAUGGCAGCCCCCUACUGUUAUUUCUGCGUGAUCAGACGAGCUCCAGACUCCUGGAGCAGGUGCUGCUGGUGUCAGAGCCCCCAAGGCUCCAGAGCCUCUUUGAGGAUCACUUCCGAGGACAGCUGCAGACGCUGGCUGCACAUCCUAUUGCCAACUUCCCUUUGCAGCGUUUACUGGAUGCUAUCACCACCCCUGAGCUGCUGUCCCCCGUGUUUGAGGAGCUAAGCCCUGCCCUGGAAGCUGUGCUGGCCCAGGGUCACUCAGGGGUGGUCAUUGCCCUAGUGGGGGCCUGCCGUAGAGUUGGGACCCACCAAUCCCAGGUCCUGCAGCUGUUGUUGGAGGCAUUCCACUGUGCAGAGCCCUCUUCCCGGCAAGUGGCCUGUGUGCCUCUCUUUGCUGCUUUGAUGGCGUAUGAGGUGUACUAUGGCCUGGCGGAGGAGGAGGGGGCGGUGCCUGCAGAGCACCAGGUGGAAAUGGCCACAGCCAGGGACCUGGGGGAAGUGACAGUCCUUGGGUCUCUACUGCUCCAGCAUUUGCUGCAUUUCUCCAGUCCUGGUCUUAUACUUCGAAGUCUGGGUGCCUUGACAGGACCACAGCUUCUGGCUCUGGCGCAGAGCCCUGCUGGUUCCCAUGUGGUUGAUGCUGUCCUGACCAGCCCCUCCGUGACGCGCAAGCAGCGCCGCCAUGCGCUCAAGACCCUAAAGGGACAGUAUGUGGCUCUGGCGUGUAGUCGCCAUGGCAGCCGUGUGCUAGAUGCCAUCUGGAGUGGAGCAGCCUUGGGGGCCCGGAAGGAAAUUGCUGCUGAGCUGGGGGAGCGGAACCAGGAGCUGAUAAGAGAUACUUUUGGCCACCAUGUGGCUCGAAAUGUGGCCCUGACUACCUUCCUGAAGCGGCGAGAGGCUUGGGAACAGCAGCAGGGUGCGGUGGCCAAGCGGAGACGGGCCUUGAACUCAGUACUUGAAGACUGAGACCCUGGAUCAGACUGGGUGUUGAGGGAGGGGGAAAGGAAGUAUCUAUAUCAUGACCUAUUACUAGUUUAAAUUGGAGUCAAAAGUCUUACUGAUAAAACAUUUUUGUAUUUUUAUUGGAAA